AUGCUGAAAUUCAAGAGGUAUUUGAUCACGAAGCUGAGUGCAAUCUACAGGUGCCAGCCAGGUCGGCUCUGGAUCUCCUUCAGCCUCCUCGUCCUCCUCCUGGUCACACUUCAGGUUGUGGAGAAGCUGCAGCCUCCUGGGAGCUGCCAGUGUGAGCUGGAGCGUGGCCUGCAGCUGACCACGGGCAAUGAGCUCAGCUCUGCCCUCCACAGCCCCCACCUGCUGUGGGAGGAUGACUCCCCUCAGGGGCAGAGGGAAGCUGAGCCAGCCCCUGCUUUGAGCGAGGAUGUUUUCAGGAUGCAUCUGCACCUCAGACAGGAGACCCCUCCGGGAAGCAGCCAAGAGGAGCGCUGGAUGCAGCAGCCUGAGGAGAGCAGCGGGAAGCGUGUCCCAAACUCAGCUCAACCUCUCCAGGCAGAGGAUUCUUACAAAACAGACCUGGAGACAGGAUUUUCCCCAAGCUGGACAGAAGCCUUUAAGUUCAAGGAGGUAACAGCUGGAGAAAGUCAGCAGGUCAGACAGGCCAGAGGAGUCACCUCUCAAGGGAAGAGGUGCAAGCCCAAGACUGACAUUGUUUUCCUGAAAGUCCACAAGAGCGCCAGCAGCACCGUCAUGAACAUCCUGUUCCGCUUCGGGGAGACACACAACCUCACCUUCGCCUUCCCCCAGGGCGGGGGCUUCCAGCUCUACUACCCCCGCCACUUCAUGGCCAGGUUUGUGCAGGGCUUCUCCCCUCUGAGCCCCCAGCGCUUCAACAUCCUCUGCCACCACAUGCGGUUCCUGCAGCCAGAGGUGCAGAAAGUGGUGCCCAGCUCUGCCGUCUACUUCUCCAUCCUGAGGAACCCCGUGCAGCUGAUGGAGUCCUCCUUCGUGUACUACAAGGGCGCGUCGGCCUUCUCGCGCGUCCGCAGCCUGGAGGAGUUCCUCAGCCAGCCCUACCGCUACUACAGCCCCGCGCGCGGCGACCGCCACUACGCCAGGAACCUCAUGACCUUCGAUUUCGGCUUCAACCCCGACGGAGACGCGUCCCCUGAGCGGGUGCAGCUCAUGCUCAAGGCCAUCGAGGCGUCCUUCGACUUCCUGCUCAUCUCCGAGUACUUCGACGAGUCCAUGGUGCUGCUGAAGGAGAUGCUGUGCUGGGACCUGGACAGCAUCGUCUCCUUCCCGCUCAACAUCAGGGACAGCAGCACCAAGUCCCCCCUCCCGGACUCUGUCGUGGAGAAGCUGAAGGCCUGGAACAGGCUGGACUGGGAAAUCUACACGCACUUUAACAGGACCUUCUGGGAAAGGAUCGACCGGGACAUCGGCCGGGAGCGCUUGCGGCGGGAGGUGAAGGCGCUGCGGGAGCGGCAGGCGGAGCUGGCCAGGACCUGCCUGCAGGGCACGGGCAGCGUGGCCCCCAAGGACAUCAAGGACUCUUCCCUGCGGCCGCUGCAGCACGGCGGGGCCAGGAUCCUGGGCUAUAACCUCAAGCAGGGCUUGGCUCAGGAGCUGGAGCGGACCUGCCGGCGGCUGGUGACGCCGGAGCUGCAGUACAGCAGCCUCCUCUACAAGAAGCAGUUCCCCCCGCCGCCCCCCGAGAGCCCCGCCGCCUCCCGAGCCCCGCCGCACCGCCUGGAGGCCACCCGAAACUGA